AUGGCAGAUAGUGUCAACAGUCUACCACAGCACUUUGGAACCCAAGCUUCUCCGUCUCAACCACCACGGAAUACAGCAACAACAUAUGAAGAUACAGCGCCGACUACUGCAGGACAGAGCGACGCAGACAGUCAUUAUAUCCCUCGCCCCAAGCGCAUCGCAUGCGUACUUUGCCGAAGGAGAAAGUUACGAUGCGACGGAAAGCGACCCAGUUGCGGGACAUGCUCUCGGUUGGGCCAUGAAUGCAUUUUCGAUGAAGUGCGCAAGAAAAGCGGUCCGAAACGGGGUUAUGUGAAGCAGCUAGAAAAACGACUGGCCCAGGUCGAAACUCUACUCAAAAGUCAGGAAACAAGAAUACGAUCAGCCCACGGGCCCGGUUCUAUCGUCCCAGCGAUAAACGAUUCGCCUGAUACGCCGGGCGGGUUCCCUCAGGAUAAUGCUUCUAUGUCAUCCCCCGAAGGAGCGGCCGACCCUGCCCGUUCGGGACAAGUGUUCCAGCAGGCAAGAGCAAGCAGUAGGACCGGGUUUGAAGGAGAGUUGAUAAGCCUGGGGUUGCAGGAACCUCUCCCCAUGCGGGAGGUUAUUGAUGAGCUGACUACGAUAUACUUCGAGAAGAUACAUCCCGGAAUGCCCAUGAUACACCGUCCAAGGUAUCUGGCGGCUACAAAUCUCCCUCUCUCCUCACGGCCUCCUAUAUGCCUGCAGUAUAUGAUGUGGUGUCAUGCAGCGUCUGUUAGCGACAAACAUUCCAAUCUGCAACUUAUUUUCUAUCAGCGGGCUCGCAAAUAUGCCGAACUGGACGAGAUGAAAGGGUUCGGGGAGAGUAUGGUGACUUUGGCACAUUGUCAAACCUGGGUGCUUAUCACCACAUACGAAUUCAAGAUGAUGUUCUUCCCUCGAGCAUGGCUAAGUGCCGGGAAGUCCGCCAGACUGGCGAUAAUGAUGGGGUUGAAUCGUCUAGAUGGACAAGGUAUCGAUGUUAAACAGACCCUGUUACCUCCCAAAGAUUGGACUGAGAAAGAAGAACGAAGGAGGGUGUUUUGGAUGGCAUUCUGCAUUGAUCGGUACGCAAGCGUUGGCACUGGAUGGCCUGUCACGAUCGACGAAAGAGAUAUAUCCGCGUACCUUCCUGCCUCCGAGGAAUCUUUCAUUUCAAACAAACCCCAGCAAUCUAUACGUCUUCCAGAUGCUCUGACCGGCGGGGACAUCUCUUUGUUAUCUCCAUUUGGUGGCGUGGUAAUUCUAGCGUGCAUGUUCGGCAGAAAUAUACCACAUCUGCAUCGACCUGAUCCGGGAGACAACGACCAUGAUCUCACUGGAGGGUACUGGCAGCGACACCGGGCCCUUGACAAUAUCUUGCUUCAUUUUGCUCUGUCCAUGCCGAGCCAUCUUCGACUGACAGUCGCGACAACCGACCCAAAUGUGAUUUUCUGCAACAUGGGCAUCCACUCAGCAACCAUCUGCCUGCAUCAGGCUGCUAUCUUUAAAGCUGAGAAGAAUAGAAUGCCGGAGCAGAUCGCAACCGAGUGCAAGCGAAGGUGUAUACUAGCUGCCGAUCAGAUCUCCAACAUAAUGAAGAUGAUUAGCCAUCUGGACUUGAGCAUCAUGAACCCUUUCAUGGCUUUCUGCGUCUACGUGGCCGCACGUGUAUUCAUUCAAUAUCUCAAGUUUCGCCCCGACGACUCGGCAGCUCGUUCAUCCCUCCAAUUCGCUUUAACUGCCCUUCAAGCCCUGAAGGAUAAGAAUCCACUAGCUGAAUCAUUCAUCGCCCAACUUGAUCUUGACAUCGGAGGGACAGCCUUUGGCGAUGUUCGGGAUUCCAACAAGGCGUGUUUCACUCGUUUAGCUAGCGUGAGAUCAUCCUUUCCCAUACAGAGAAGCUGCUAA